AUGACUGUGAUAUCAUUAAGAAAACAUCCGCUGCGAGAAAAGGACAUGACUCGAGCAGGGAAAGCUCUACGUGAUGCGCAUGCGCCGGGGAGAGAUUAUUGUCUACGUGAGCCACCUAGCAAGUACCCCACUAUGAGUUUACGUAUUAUCGCUAAUAUACGCGGAAACAGUCACAUUUCUAGAAAUCUCGCUUUCGUGUAG